CAUGGAGAGGGGCGGGAACGCGCUUUGAGAUUGCUACCGCUCUCCCUCCUUGCCCAGGGAAGCUGGCGUGUUGUGCGUGCGCACGAGCAACGGCUCUCGCGGUUCGGCACGCGUGCUGGUUCCGGGCAGCGCGUUGGGCGGAGAGGGACGGGGCGGCAUGGCAUGCAAGCUGGAGGCUCACCGCAUCGUCAGCAUCUCGCUGGGCAAGAUGUACAGCUCGCGGGGCCAGCGCGGCGGCGUCAAGUUGCACAAGAACCUGCUGGUGUCGCUCGUCCUGCGCAGCGCCCGCCAGGUGUACCUGAGCGAGCUGGAGGGCGCCCUGGCUACCCCCGCCGCGCUCUUGCCGUCGGAUCCACUCCGGGGUGGAGGAGGAGAAGGAGAAGAGCGCCCGGCGCCGCUGCGCCCUCUCUCCCCUCCGCGGCUCUUUCUGCGACCGCCGCAGGCGUCGCUGCCGCCUUCGGAGACGCGCGUUUCCCCGCUGCCCUGGCCGGAGAGCCCGCGCUUGCCGUGCGGCUGCUGUUGCGCCUCUCCUUGGGCAGGCGGGGCGGGCCAGCGGCCAGCGGCGCCGCCGCCCUCCGCGCCCUUCUGCCCCAGGAAGCGGAGCGCCGGUCUUGCGGCCGACCAGGCGCCGUCGGGGGGCUCGCCGCUGAAGAAGGCUCGCCGCGGCGAAGAGGAGGAGGACGACAUGGAGACCGGCAACGUGGCCAGCCUCAUCAGCAUCUUCGGCUCCGGGUUCUCGGGACUGCUCAGCAAAAAACCCUCCUGCGCUGGGGGCAGGAACGGCAGCCGACAGCGGCGGAGGCGGCAGGAGGUCGCGGAGGAGGCGGAGGCGGAUCCAGAGCCGGGGCAGAACUGCUGCGAUGACUCGAUGCUCCGGAAUCUCAACCCGUGGAGCACGGCCAUCGUGGCUUUCUGAACUUCCCUCGUCUUUGCCCGCUUGCAUAUGUUUGGAAAGUGGGGCGCUGGACGUGGAUCCGGAGCUAGGGGCAAAGAUGGAAGAGGGUUGGUUUCAAGCCGUCCUGGCGGCUCUGGACGGUUAGCGUGGGAAGGAAGCGGGGACGCGCUGCGCGGGGCGCUUUCCGCUGGGACUGGAUCAGAGCACUUAAAGCGUUUCUCCUGACCUCCUGUGGCUGCAGACUUUCAGCCGGCAUGAAAGCGUUUCGGCUUUUUUGUUUUCCACCUCACGCAAGAGCCCUGCUUGGAAUUUCCCUUUUACUUCUCCCUCCUGUCCACUGAAGUUUGUUCUGAAGGUCAUACCCUUGUUCUCAUGCAUUUUUUCCUCCAGCAACCGUUGAAAAGUUUGUUAGACGGUUAAGAUGACAUUUGGGGGUGGAGGAAGGCAUUCCUAAACCAUUAAGCUUGAGUUGAUGAUAUGGUGCUACUUAAGGUGUAUUGACUUGGUUUACAGAUCACUCUUUCUGUGUUCCCUGGGGCUUUGGUUACACCAAGGCCAUAGCUAGACCUAAGGUUUAUCCCUGGAUCGUCCAGGGGUCAAACCUGUUCAUCUAGGUGACACACAGGGGAUCCAGUGCUCAGGCAGGGGCGAACCCUGGAUGAUCCCAGGAUAAACCUUAGGUCUAGCUGUGGCCCAAGUCUCUGUUAUAUAAAGGAUCUUAGGAGGGAGGGUCCUCAUGACAUUCUGUACAGUAUUCCCUUUCUCUGGUUAUUGUGGGUUGUUGUUGUUUUGUAUGGAAAUGUAACAUUGCGUGUGCAACACGUAUUAAAUAU